GUUUCCUCUUUAAAAACACCCUCUCCCUGUCAUUAACAAACCCUAAUCUAAAGGAACUUAAUCCUUCUCUGGGUGCACAGUCUUUUUCAUUGGGACAAACCUAUCAAAGGGGUCAAAAAAACAAAAAAAGAGAAAUGGCUUCUUCUUCAAGCUAUUCAAGUUCGCCAUGUGCAGCCUGCAAGUUCUUGAGGCGAAAAUGCAUGCCGGACUGUGUUUUCUCACCGUAUUUCCCGCCGGAGGAGACUCAGAAAUUCGUCAACGUCCACAAGGUGUUCGGUGCAAGCAAUGUCAGCAAAUUGCUCAACGAAGUCCCGACUUAUCAAAGGGAAGACGCCGUGAACUCCCUCGCUUUCGAAGCCGAAGCGAGGCUGAAAGAUCCGGUUUACGGCUGCGUGGGAGCGAUCUCAGUGCUACAGAGGCAGGUCAUUAGGCUCCAAAGGGAAUUGGAUGCUACCAAUGCUAACUUAAUCCGAUACGUCUACAACGAGAUGCCGCCACGGCCGCCACCGCCGCCGCCGGCUGAUCAGCAGAGCUAUGGGUUUUGUUAUCCCUAUCAGUGGACUGACCCUAACGAAGACAAUGAGGGAUCAAACGGUGGGAAUAUGUAA